UUUCAUUUUCAAGAACAGAAGACAGUGGAGCAGUUUCUGUCUGAUUGGAAGAUAAACGCCUGGUGUGUCCUGUUGCUGGUUGGUCAGAUAGCUGAUGCCAUCUGUACACCCCUGGUUGGCUAUGAGUCAGACCAAACCUCUGGUUGUGGAAACUAUGGCAAGCGGAAGACCUGGCAUUUGGUUGGCACGCUGAGUGUGGUGGUGUCCUUUGCCUUCAUCUUCAACCAGUGUCUGGGCUGUGACCCUAACACCCCUCAGUGGGCCAGCCUGAUCUACUUUGCCCCAUUCAUCAUCAUCUUCCAGUUUGGCUGGGCCGCCACACAGAUCUCCCACCUGUCUCUCAUCCCAGAGCUGGUCACCUGUGAGCAUGCUAAAGUGGAGCUCACUGCAUACAGGUAUGCAUUCACUGUCAUAGCCAACAUCACAGUGUAUGCCCUUGCUUACCUGCUGUUCCACGGUCAGGCAGCAGAGGAUGAAGACUCUCUUGGACCAGCAGACACCAACAUCUUCAGGAACCUGUCAUUGAUUGUGUUGGGGAUCGGCGCUCUCUUCGCUGCUGUCUUCCACCUGGGGACCACAGAGCGCCCCAAUCACAAAGCCAGCAGAGACUCUGGAGGAGAGGAAGAAGAGGAGGAAGAGGAGGCUGAAGGGGAGCGAAGGCCGCUGCUCCCUUCUUCCACUGUUUCUUCAUCCCUUCUGCAGUGGAAAUGUUGGCUCCAGCAGCCUUCCUUCUACCAGGUGGCCUUACUCUACAUGUCCACCAGGUUAAUGGUCAAUCUGUCCCAGACCUACAUCUCAAUGUAUCUCAUAAACACUCUUGGCCUGCCCAAGAAAUAUAUCGCUACAAUCCCGUUAGUGAUGUAUCUGAGCGGCUUCCUGUCCUCCUUCAUCAUGAAGCCUGUCAGUAAACACAUUGGAAAAAGUCUCACUUACUUUGUGGGCCUCCUGCUGAUCAUGGCCUUCUCUUACUGGGUGCUGCUGGACCACAAGAUGGGUCAGCAGAUCUACGGGGCUGCGGUGCUGCUGGGGGCCGGGUCGGCCACCAUCCUGGUCAUAUCCCUGUCCAUGACCGCUGAGCUGAUCUCGGAUCAGACGCAAAGCGGAGCGUUUGUGUACGGAGCCAUGAGCUUCACUGAUAAACUGGCCAAUGGAGUCGCAGUCAUGAUCAUUCAAGCUAUGCAUCCCUGCCACACGGUGGUGUGCUGCCCAGCCUGUGUGUGGUUUUAUCACUACAUCAUGGUCAUAGUGACGGGGGGCGUGGCUGUCGUCGCAGCGUUGGCGCUCUGCUCCAUCCUCAUCUGGCCAAUCAGGAUCAGAGCACGUGGCCUGCAAGUCGUCUCUGAUGGUUCCACCUCAGUUAACUAAGAGCCAGACUGGGCCUUCUUCACCUUACUGGGAACUCUGGACGUGGAUGAACAGCAGGGACACUCUUAGUUGUUUCUGAGAUUAGCUUCAAGUUUUUCACUGGAAUGUCUGGGAAAUCCCAUCUUAAAUAAGACUAAAUAUUCCUUAUCCUCUACACUAGGCUGCCAUCCUUUUCUAGAAAUGUUUGGUGCGUGAGAUAAAAUUAUUAGAUGAGUCCAAAUUGUUGUGUUGUAGAGAUGAGGCCUUCCUUUGAGUGGAAGCAAACACAGCAGACUGUAUGGUCAGAUAAACAGGAGUCCGGCUUGACCCGUUUUACAUUUUAAACACUAAGAAAGUAUAACAAAGGGAACAUUUAAAUCACCAGUGAGCUCAGUGGAUAAACCACUACAUCCAGUCCUUCAGACUGGUGGGUAAACGGGACCGGAUCCUGAAACCACGCUACGUCCAACAGGACUGAGCUGAAGGAGUUCAGCAUUCAUCCACCUGCUGUAAUUCCUGUUAUUUUUUUGUGUGCAUCCGUUUUAUGCAGGGGAAAGAAAAGUGUGGACGUUUAAAAAAUAUUUAAAUCAGUUUUUGUUAUACCAAAAAAAAAAUCCUGUAAUAAUCAAACUGAACCUAAAAAUCCUUGUAAAGUGAAAUGAAACUUGAAUAGUGGAACUCUACCUGACUUUGAAAUACUUCAAAGGGAUCAAUGUCUAUUAAUGGUAUGUAUAUAUUAAUGGAAUAAUGAAGGGAAUCUCAUUGGUGGAGCAGCACAGCUGAACAAUGUCUGAGUUGGAAGAGCUGUUGACCAAACUCUGAACCAAAGCUGAACUCUGACAGCGGUGACCAACUAAACUAUUACCUGGUCUGCUUCACCUCUGUAAAAAAAAAAAAAUGGAAUUGGUGAAGGGAUUAUUGUAAAGGAGCUGAAACAAUAAAACCUGUCUGUGUGAGCAUCA